AUGGAUAUAUUUUUAGAUUCUUUGCAGUUUUACACCCCUGUUUUUAACAACAUACUUCUAUUUAUAGGGGCAGAGUACUUUAAUAAUGGAUAUUUUUUAGGCUUUUUUUUGCAGUGCUUAGCAAAAAAGGUCGAUUAGAUUUUACCCUUGGAUGACAAGAAUAUGAAUAAAGAAGAAUCAAAUAGAAAGAAAAACCAUUUUUUAUACACAAUCCCUCUAUUUUUAGCUGUUAUUUCUGAUACAUUGUAAAUGUUUUAUGUGAUAAAUAAAGUUACUAGCAGUGGCUCUUAACUUUCUGCCUUGAACUGCUUCCUUUUGAUAAGCUCUGCAGGUUUAACUUUGGGUAAUACUGUUAAUGUUUCGCAUGAGUUAAUUCAUAGAUUAACAACUUUAGAGUAGGCAGUAGGAUUUUUGAAUUUUGUAAGAGUUAUGUACUGCCAUUAUCCUAUAUUCCAUUUGCUAUGGCACCAUAAGCAUGUUGGAACUGACAAAGAUCCUAUUGUAGCAAAAAAAGAUGAAACUUUGUAUUAGUAUCUUCCUAGAUAGCUUUGGGGUAACUACGCUGUUUCAUGGAAGUGUGAAAAUGAAAGAUUGAUUUAACAAGAAAAGACUUCAUUCCCUUAAUUUCAUUACAAAAAUAGAAUGAUUUAUAAUACUCUGCUUUAACUUGCCUUCCCUUUACUAAUGCUGGUUACAUAUGGAAGAAAAGGAUUAUAUUACUAUUUAUGGAUGGUUUUUGUAGCAGUUAUUGAAGCUGAAAUUGUUGAAUACUUGGAACAUUAUGGUCUUUUUGUCACAAAAGAUAAUAAAGUUUCUUACGAUUGUGCUUGGAACUCUCCUUAAAGGUAUACAAACAUAUCUUCAUUUAAGCUUGAAAGACAUGCUGAUCAUCAUGUAAAUGCCUAUAAAGAAUAUUAAAUUUCAAGCUUCGAUUAUUCAUGGCCUUAGCUGCCUGAGAGCUACUUAUUUAUGAUUUAGGUUUCAAUGUAACCAAAGCUCUGGUUUUCUAUCAUGAAUCCUCGUUUAGAGUCCUUUUUUGCUAAAAAAGAAGUGUCUAAGGAGCAUUAAGAAUUCGAAAAAAAGACUCUUGAUAAUUUCUAUAAAUAGCAAAUCUUGACUCACUCAAUAAUUUUAUUAAUCUCAUUCUUAUUUUGA